AUGUCGCCUCACCCCGACGACCACUAUAACGAAACUUCCACACCCGGAGCUGAAGUCUCUUUCGACGACGCCGUCAAGACCGCUGCGCUCCAGAUCAAGCCCAACCGUAUCCUCUACACCAGCGUUCUGCUCGCUCUGCUGCAGCCCUUCCAGAGCGGAUGGUCGACCUCGCAGCUCAAUCUUUCCGACUACAACAACACUGACGAGUGCAAUGCCCGUCCCGUCGUCGAAGGCACAUGCACGCUCUUCAGCGGUCACUCUAAGCUCGAGUGGACCUUCGCAGUCAACGCCUGGAUCUUCGGUGCCAUGGUCGGUAGUCUGCUGUGUGGCCACUUCAGCGAUAUGAUGGGCCGCAAGAAGCUUCUCUUCUUCAACUGCUUCUUCAUGAUCGGCGGUGCUGUCAUUCAGGCCUCGGUCUCCAACAUUUGGCCGUUCGCCGUCGGUCGCGCCGUUGCCGGUAUCGCGUCGGGUGCCGCCACCGGCACCAUCGGCGCUUACGUGAACGAGUUGUCGCCGCCGCACCUCCGUAGCCACCUUGGUCUCGGACUGCAGAUCUCCACCACCAUCGGCAUCUUGGUGCCGGCCAUCUGCUUCUUCUUCGCCGACAGCGGCGAUGGAUGGCGUUACAUGGCCGGUUUCCCCAUCGUGCUGGCUGGCAUCUACAUGCUCCUGUCGCCGUCGCUGGCCGUCGAGAGUCCCGCGUGGCUGCUCAUGAAGAACCGUCGCGAGGAGGCCAAGCAGGUCAUCACGCGUCUGGUUCUCCUCCGAGCCGGUCGAGUCCAUUUGGUCGCCCAAGUAUCGCCUACAGUUCCUCGGUGCGCUUCUGCUCUCGUGCACGCAGCAGCUCUCGGGUAUCAACGCUGUCUUCUACUACUCUGGCAACAUUUUCUCGGACGCCGGCAUCUCGGACUCGCGCGUUGGAACGCUCAUCAUCGACUUCAUCAACAUCUGGCCGGCCUUCUUCACGGGUGUGCUGGCCUCGCGCUUCGGUAACCGCAACAUGAUCCUGUGGGGCAUUGCCGGUAUGAUCGUCAUGUCCAUCGGCAUGACCGUGGCUUUCCUAGCGGACGUGUCGGCGCUCUCCAUCGUCUUCACGGCACUGUACGUCAUCGUCUUCGGUGUCACACUCGGCCCGCUCGUCUGGGUCAUGACGGCCGACAUGUUCCCGGACUCGGUGCGUGCCAGCGCCUCGUCCAUCUGCAUUGGUGCCAACUGGCUGUGCA